AUGGAAUUUCAUCGACCUUUGCUAGCUAAUGGAGAAAUUGCUCCGCUGUCAUGGGAAAUACGUUUAUUCUUUGUCAAUGUUAGCUGGCCCAUGAAAAUGAAUGCGAAAAGAUUUACAAGAAUCUAUGAUAAGGUCACCUUGGUGCUGGGCUUUCUGUUUUUUUGCUAUCAAAAUGAGGCCGAAAUGCAUUUUGUGGUCAAUAAUAUCAAUGACAUUGGUUUGGCGCUGGAGGGUAUGGCUACCUAUUUGAUACUGGUGGAGGCUCAUUUGCGAAUCUACAACAAGGGAUUGUACAAGAAUAGUUUUCGAGAAUUUCUCAAUGAAUUUUAUGAGAAAAUUUAUAUGGAAAAAUCCUACAACAUUGAAACCUACAUGGAUAUACAACGUAAAUUGUUGCCGACAAAAAUAUGCUCCUACGCUUAUAUGCUGACACUUGUUACGUAUUUUCUGGUGCCCGUUUUGGGUUUCUUUAGCCAUGCCCAUUUGUUACCCUUUAAAACCAUAUUCCACUACGACCUUGAAAUGUGGUAUUUUUAUGUGCCGACAUUAGUUCUCACCCUGUGGAUAGGUGUAGCUGUGGUCUCACAUUUGGCUGCCGAAUCGAAUCUAUUGGCCACCAUUAUUUUACAUCUGAAUGCCCGUUACUUACAUUUGCAAUCGGAUCUCAAGGAAUUACAAAACAAAGUUGCAUCCGACAUGAAACUUCGUAGCGACAAGGUUUUGGGGGAAUAUCGCAGAGAGUUCAUUGAAAUCGUUAAACGCAAUGUGGAAUACAAUGAUUUUGCUCAAAAAUUUCAAAAGCAAUAUUCGUUUUGUAUAUUUGUAAUGAUGGCGUUUAGUGCGGUAUUGUUGUGUGUUUUGGCAUUUAAGGCAGCAACGCUGGGCAUGACUACCAAGAAUAUUACCUUCAUUACCUGGAUAAUGGGUAAAAUUGUAGAAUUAUUGGUGUUUGGCACCUUGGGUUCGCAACUCAUUGAAACGACCGACAAGAUGAGCUCCUGCUAUUACAUGGCCAAUUGGGAGGAUAUAAUAUUGAAAUCAACAAAAACAGCUGACAGCAUUGAUCUAAUGAAACUUAUAAUUCUUUCGAUUGAAUUGAAUCAAAAACCUUUUUCAUUAACUGGCUAUAAUUAUUUUAACGUUAGUUUGGCCACUGUGGUGACGAUACUGCAAGGAGCUGGCUCAUAUUUUACCUUCUUAUAUGCUUUUCGUUAAGAACACAAAAAGA